AUGAGUGUUGUUCCAUAUGCAUAUGAAUGUUAUAAGUCUAGCGUACUUCAAUAUAAAGAAUAUACUCUCAGAAUUACUGAUAAUGCUUUAGUCAUACAUAAAGAAGGUGCUGAUGAAGACAUUACCAUCGGUCCUGGUAUAUUACCUAUCGAGCAACCAGAUGGUACAAUUGUUGAAACAGACUUAAAUCAAUACCUUCAAGCGUUACAGAAUCGUGUGACAAAAGUAGAGAAUAAUUACUUAGAUGCUCCAUUCUUCACAACUGAUAGAGAUUAUAUGUUUUCAUGUAUGGCGAGUAAUGGUUUGCAAGAAACUCGUGAGGUAAAUAUUAAUGAAGCAUUAGAGACUAUAAUAUAUCAUGUUAAACGGUUAUUAUCGAUUGACCAUGGAGUUCAUUUUGACCCAAGGUCUACACUGUUCAAUAUACCAAUGAUUGAAAACAGUCAAUUAACAUUUAAAGAAGAUACAUUGUAUAAUGCUUUAAACGCAGCAUUUGCUUAUAUAUUAGGUCAUGAACAAGUACAAAAUAGUGGUAUUGCAAUAUACUUAGAUAAAGUUAUGUUAAAGAAACCAUUGACAUUCACAGAAGAUGGUCCAAAAGCAACUGGUAUUGUUGGUGAUGGAACAUUAUUGACGAAAGAAUACUUAGCAAGUCAUGUCGGAGAAUUUUUCUCCACUAAUGAUAGCAUCAGUACAACACCAGAAGUUAUUUUAUUGAAGAAACCAAUCACAUUUGAUGUUAAAGGAAAGACAAAAGCAACUGGUAUAGCUGGCGAUGGAGUUCUUCUGACUAAGGAAUACUUGAAGAAAAAUAUCAAUGACUUCGUUGAAAUUGUCAAAGAUAAAGAAUCUGGUCUUAAGUUCAACCCUUUAUCAUUCAUCUUUGCCAUAGCAAACGCCGGUGCUACUGCAGCCUCAUGGAUAUCACUCCAGAGUCAAAUAAAUGCUCUUUGGGCUUUUGUUGAAAGUCAAGAAGGUAUAGAUACUGUUCUUGACACUCUGGGUAAUCUUGGUCCAAAUCAUAAAGGAGGUUUUGUGGAUGGAAUAAAAAAUUUAGUUGAAAAGACUAAAACAAGUUUCCAGAAGAUAACUCAUAUAGAAAGAUUCAGAAAUGAAGGUUAUAUGGAACUUGAGAGUUUUGAUGUGACUGGACCUUUGGAACCAAUUCCAAUGCCACGUGAUGCUAAUGAUGAAGAAGAGAAAGAUCCUGGACCAAAAACAAUCAUUUCUACGUUAAGUACUUUGUACCCUGAUUUUGUGACCUUAGUGAAAGUUGCUAAUACAUCAAGAAAGAACAAUAAUAUUAAUAUGUCUGGUACUGAUGACCUUACUGAUUAUCUUUAUCUCAUUCUUGCUGAAUUAGCGAAGAAAGUUGAGGAGAACAAAAAUAAUGGAGGAAGAACUGCACUUAAGAUUGCAGACAAAGCUGACAAAAGUUAUGUUGACGAAGAGAUACGUAAAGUUGCAUCUAAAGAAUAUACUUUAUCACAGUCUGUCAUACUUAAGACAAUCAAAGGUCCAGAGAAAGAUAUGUACCCAGGUGAUGGUACAACAGUUAAAGUUAAUGAAAGAGUUUCAUUCCCAUCUGGUAUUGAUACAAAAGAAGUAUAUAUUAAUGGUGAAAACAUCAAUACAACAUUGUUUCCUUUGAAAAAUAAUGAGUUCACUGAACCUUUGACAGUUAAAUCAAUUCGUUCAAGAGAAGACAAACCUGUUAUAAUCAAUAAAAUAGGAGCUGAUAAUGACCAACCAGUUCAAAUCAAGAAAAUAAGAGCUGAUGACAUUAUCUUGAACUAUACUUUAGGUUCAAGUGCUCCACAAGAAGAUCCAAGCACUAGCGUAAAAGAUACUCUUAACAGUUUAGAUAGUAAAUGUACGAACAUUGAAGGUCAUGCCAGAAACUUCGAAGUAUAUGAACUACCAGCAAUGUUAGAUAAGAAAGCUGACAAGAACCAUGUUCAUUAUAUAAGUUCAGAUGAACAGAUUAUAACGGACUACCACGGAUAUUUAACACAGGGUGAAAAAGUGAAUACGAAAAAUGUUAAUGAAAGAAGAUAUAAAUUCAUUCGUGCUAAAGGUUAUGACAUACACUGUACUGUACAGUAUGACACAGGUAUAGCACCACAAUCAUUUGGUUAUAACGCUGAAAUUUAUGCUUCAUACUUCUUUGUUAACGGUGUAUUAGUUGAGCCAAGAUUUAGGUUGAGAGUUAAGGCAAAAAUAACCGUUGAAGAUGCUAUUAAAAGUAAAGCUGACAAAGAUGAACUUGACGCAACGAACAAAGUUUUGAAAUCUCAUAAACACAAUAUCUCCGACAUAAAUUCACUUCAAACUUCUUUAGACAACAAAGCAGACAAAACUUAUGUUAAUGAACAGAUCUCAAAGAUCUCUAAUGCAUCUGUAAACAAUGGAAUACCUGAAAGCAUUACAGUUAGCUUUGGUAAUAAUGAUAUGGGUAAAGUUGCAAUAUUUAUAAAUUAUAACAUUGGUCCAUCAGAAAAAGGUCCAAGUUACUAUACAUUGAGUCAUGGUAAAUCUAUUGAACUUGUGUUCCACAAAAAAGAUGGAACAAACUUAACUAUUCAUCCUGGAGAUACGUUUGAGUUUUAUUUGAACGAUGUCACCACAGUAGAUUAUACUUAUAGACCUUCUAACAUGUUUGACAUGAUGUAUCCAAUUGGUUCUAUAUUUACAUCAAUGAGCUCAACAAGCCCGCAAACCCUUUAUGGAGGUGUUUGGCAACCGAUUGUUGAUCAGUUUCUUUACUGUUCUAACUCAUCAAUGGACUUUGGUGGUUCAAAGACUAUCAGAGUUGAAAACCUUCCACCACACUCCCAUAGGUUCAGUGCAACAACAUCUACUAAUGGAGAGCAUUCACAUUCAAUGACAAAAAGAGGUUAUACAAAUCUUGCAGCAGGUUCUGAUAGACAAGGUAUGAAUAGAUAUGAUAUCACAGAUGACCCUAGAGAUGUUAGUACAGGUAUUUUCUGCGGAUCUGCAGGAAACCAUACUCACACAGUAGCUGGAAUCACAGAUGCAACAGGAAAAGGUCAAGACUUCUUACCACCAUUUAUGACUGUAUUCGCUUGGUUCAGAGCUGCUUAA